AUGGGUUGUUGUAAGCCAGGCCAUCCAGGUAGACCAGGACCACCUGGACAAAACGGAAAACCAGGAAUACCUGGCGCACCAGGACGACCGGGUGCACCUGGACGUCCACCAGUGAUCUGCGAAGAGCAAGACAUUCCGCCGUGCAAUCCAUGCCCACCUGGUCCGCCUGGACCACCAGGACCAGCUGGAGCACCUGGAAAUCCAGGCAGACCUGGACCUCCUGGAAGGCCUGGAAACAAUGGUUUGUUUUAG